UUCACUAGAGUUGGUUACCAAAUAAUAAAAUAGUAUAGUGAUUACUCUGUGGUAUCAAUAAACAACCUUACAGACAGUGGGAGCAGUAGGAAUAAGAUACUUAGAAAUAUAACAGAAGAAUUUACAGAAAAAUAACGCUAGUCAGACAAAGCAGGACACAUAUAUCUCUAAAGUGAAAAAUACAUCUUGAAAAAGAUGGAACCUCCUCCUCUCCAGGUCUAACCCAAGGAAAGCCUUUGCUCCCACCCAUGCUGGGGAAUGCGUGCAGUGGCUCCCAUCUGUCCACUCCCCAAGGAAACGCCCAUAGAGAUAUGUGGAGAGCUUUUCCUUUCCUGCUCCAAAUUGCAAAUGUUUAAAGAGGAAAUAUUUUACUAAGAGGCAACUGAGAGGCUCAAAGUACAGGAGAGAAGAUAGGCAUUUGAUUUCAGUAUGCUGUGCCGACGUUUCUGCCUCCCUGAACCCCAGGGUUGCUAAGCUAUGGUGUUAUGUGAUGUUCAAAGCUAUCUGUAGGCACACAAGCCCUUUGUUCCACAGGGCAGCUGAGUUUUCCUAUCGAGAAAGAACCAACUGAUGCUAGACAGCCCUGGUGACUUAAAACCCAUCAUCAAUAUAAAUUGUAAAUCCUCCCUGUAAAACUGUUUUUGUCUAUGGCACACAGGAAGGCAAAAAGCAAAACCUAAUCAGGCUGCUGUUCUUGUGGUGGUGAGGAUAGACCCUUUGACUCCAAACAAAAGCUUUUGCCACAAACUUAGAACAGUCAGACCAACAAGUCCUUGGUACCACUUCCAGGGUGUCUUCUGUGGAAACAUCUUACUGCUGCACAAUAAAUGAGUGCCCGAUAAAUGAGUGACAUGCAUGUGCACACAUUCCACAGAUGACACCCACCCUUAUACACAGAGGGACACCUUUUGUUUCUGUGUUGUCCUGCUGUAUGCAUCAGGUACUGUAAUCAGUACUAAAAAACAAUGUGAAAAAACAGGCUUUGUGAAAAUAAAAAAAUCCUUGAAACACAAAUGAAGCUGUUUAACACCAUAAGCACAAAAUAUGAUUUGGCCAGCUGAUACUAGAAAUACAUCUUCAAGUAUUAAAAAUAAGUUACCAUUUAGUAUAUCAGUAUGUAUUUCUGUGCAGAACCCCCAAAGCUACUCAAACUACUUAGACUUAAGGGAAAGAAAUAAAACAAACAGUUGUUAUACGCUUCUUCCCUUACACAGUUAAAUGCAAAUUCUCUCUUACAGUCAUAUUCCUGCUAUCUCCCUGCACACACAGCUGAUACGCCACCUACUGCAAACUCAAGCUGACAGUCUGAGCAAUGCGAGCAGCAUUUCCAUUCCAACAUCGAGCUGGAGCUGAAUAAAGGUGCUUUUUAAUAAGACACAUCCUCUUUGCAAGCUGACAAGAGCAAAGCAGGAUAGCUGUAUUGUUGUCCUAGCUUCAAUAAUGGAGAGAAAAGCAAGCAGGAGAGAAAAUGAAUGCGAAGAAAAAAACAGCAACUCUGAAAGCUCCGAGCUAGACAAGGACUACAAAACGUCUCUGAUUACUCUGAAUGUCGGUGGUUAUCUAUAUAUCACACAAAAACAGACACUAACCAAGUAUCCGGAUUCUUUCCUGGAGGGGAUCAUAAAUGGAAGAAUAAUGUGCCCAUUUGAUGCAGAUGGUCAUUACUUCAUAGACAGAGAUGGACUCCUUUUCAGACACAUCCUCAACUUCCUACGGAACGGAGAACUUCUUCUACCAGAGGGGUUUCGAGAAAAUCAACUUUUGGCACAAGAAGCCGAAUUUUUCCAGCUUAAGGUACUCUCAGAGGCAGUGAAAUCAAGGUGGGAGAAGGAACAGCUAGCAUCCCGAGAGACUACUUUCCUGGAAAUAACUGACAGCCACGACCGUUCACAAGGACUUAGAAUCUUUUGUAAUGCUCCUGAAUUCAUUGCAAAAAUAAAAUCCAGAAUUGUAUUGGUGUCCAAAAGCAGGCUGGAUGGAUUUCCAGAGGAGUUUUCAGUAUCUUCAAAUAUUAUUCAAUUCAAGUACUUCAUAAAGUCUGAAAACGGUACACGAUUGGUACUGAAGGAGGACAACACCUUUGUCUGCACCCUGGAAACUCUUAAAUUUGAGGCUAUAAUGACAGCUUUAAAAUGUGGAUUUAGACUGCUGACCAGUCUGGACUGUUCAAGAGGGUCGAUUGUUCACAGUGAUGCACUGCAUUUUAUCAAGUAAUCACAAAGGCAAAGGAAACGAGCAUGCAGCCAGUAAGCCUCCCUGAGCUGCAGCCUCCUGGCAUCACAAAUAAUGCAUCUAACUAGCCCUGUACCACAGAGCUCAGCUGCUAAUCAACUGAUGUGAGCUAAUGGUAUGUAAAUCUCAUAAUGACAUCUAUCUCUGGCUUACUUAAGCUGAAUGAAAAUUUUAUGCCUGAAUUUAACAAGAAUUAUCUGCUAACAUUGUAAACAGAUGGAAUGCUUUAUGCUCUUUGUAAUAUGUUUUCUCAAUGCUGUCUUUCAACCAGAGAGUCUAGCUGAAUUUUUGUGUACCUGUGUGAUGAACGUGCAUAUACCUAACUGCUCUGCUGAACAGCAGUGAGAGUGUUUUCAGAUAAUAAGCAGGCUUAAAGUAUGUUUUGCUUAUAACACAUUAAGAAUGGAUUUUAACUGGAAUAAAUAAUUUUGACUGUUCAUUAGUGUUUAUGGUAAUCUGUUGUACUGAAUUUCCAAAAAACAAGAUUUCAAGAGAAUUUAAAAUAGCCAAUUUAAUUUUUAAGUUAAAUGGUUUCUCAACUCACUUAACCCCAAAUUUAUACCAUAUUGCUACACUAAUGCUGCCAGAAACAUGUGAACCAACAAAAUAAUGCUGGGGGAGAAUAAUUUCAUUAUAGGAACUGGGUCCAAUCUGCACAGAAUGUCAAAUUUUCUAAUCAUUUAUACAUAUCAAAUAGCUAAUAAAAGUAUUUGACAUUAAGUUUAGUUUAACAGGUUCCAGUAUUGGCAUCCAAUAAUGCCACAGUCAGUAUUUCCUAGCAAUCAUUUGUGCUCAUAAGGACAGCCCUUGCUUUGCACAGGGGUUUACUAAAUGCAAUGAGUACUAUCAGUUCUGAACAGACCACCUGCUGGCAUUAAAGACAAUUCACUCUAAGUAAUGGAAUAAAUACCUUCAUUCUCUUCAUCUCCACUAUUUAUAAAAUCUUUUAAUCGAUAUUUAAGAAAAAAAGUUUUAUUAGUUUCUAUAGAACAACUGUAACUAAUUUAAACACAAGUAUUACAAACAAGUCAUUUCACAAAAGCAAGCUGAAAAACCAUCACAAAAGGCAAGAAGAAGCAGCACUAACUCUAAGUGUUGUCAUUGAAACCAAUCAUCAUUCACGCUUUUAUGAACCCAAAAUUCAAGUAAAAUGCUUAUAAAGAAAGAAAAAAACAACUAAGUAGUCUCCCAAAACAUUGAUUUUAUACAGGAAAAAAAUAAUGUCAGUAAAAGGCAGUACAAUCCAUACUGGAAGUGACAACCAAGGAAAACAGGUAACAGAAGACAGGCUGAGAACAGUUGUGGUUUGGAUUUUAGGGGGAACAAAUCAAUCCUAAGUAUCAAGGGCUGAGAAUACAAAUGCAAGGUCCACUUAUCCCUUAACAAGAAACUCUUUUUUCACUUUUAAAGCACCAACAGGUGUUGUUAACUAAGUCCUUUGCUAGAGAUGAAUUAAUACAGUGAUGCUACAUCUCCAGACCAGGGAACAGUGACUGAAACAUAUUCCAAUAUGAUUUUAUCAAAUGGGGGGAUUCAACCUCUCCAGAAUACUCCAUCAGAAUGAAUACACUGUCUAGAAAUUAUGAUGUUUUUUAUCUAGUCCUCCUGUUACAGACUUACAGUUCACAAAAAAUGUGGUUCUAUAAAAAAAUAUGGUUCUAAGUGGAACUUUUCCAGACUCUUGUGUUUAAAAAUCAGAUUACUUUACAUUUCAGGCAUACAAGCUGAAGAACUGUCCAUGUAUCCCAAAACUUCCCUGAAUUUGUCCAAACGCAUUAAUUAUAUACACACAAAAGACACAUAGUAAAAUACUAUUGUUUACAUGUGCCACCAGCAUGUGUCAUCUUCCCUCCUCCCCCUCCAAGCUAUUUUCAAAUUGAGGCAUUAAAAAAAUCCUCAUUAACCACUAAUCUUGUGCUUAUAAGAAUCUGUAGGACUUCUGUGAAAAGCAAAUGUGAAAGCUUCCCUAAAAGAAAUAAAGAAGAUCCUGUUGAUCUUCUAGGACAAGAACUAGAAACACAAUCACACAGAACAAUUACAUGAAAAGCCCUUUGUAGAUACAAUUCUCUACAUGAGCAAGCUAAAGUGGCAAGACAAUCUAAAAAAGCUCCAUAAUGAAUCCACAAGUUUUAAAGCAGCAUGCUCACAGUGCUGUCAAAUACACAGCCAGCAUCAGCACAAAGUCUGGAGGAGGCUGUUGCUCCUGGGAUGUCAAUCCAUUUGCACUUAAACACUUUUGAUUACAACCUUCAUUUGUCCUGGCUCUUUGACUAAAAUUUAAAAUGUAAUUGCAGCUGAAAAGAAAGAAGGCAAAAACCAAUUUUUAUUUCAAACAAUUAAUAUAUGUUAAUCAAAAUACGUUGUGGUUGCUCGCCUUUCAGUUAAGCUCUUAUGAUGCCAAACACCAAGAAAUCAAUUGUUAGCACUCCCCUAUCAGAAGGCAGCACCAGUUUUUUAUUGGAACAUGACUUUUGCUCAUGAAAAAUCAGUAGAGAAUUUGAUGGGUCUGAAUUUAUUGUAGAAAAUAAUUUCAGAAUAUAAGUUAUUCAUAAGCUGAUAAUCACAGGUAACAUGGAAACCAUCUGAAGUAUCUUCUAAUAAUAUUGUAUAGCUAUUCAUAAAAGAUUUAUUUGCCAGGCUUUUGGUUCAGAGUAUCUACUGCCCUAUCAACCUAUGAAAGAGAACUUGAAAAAAGGGUUUUUUUAAGUGAAAAAUGUACUUCUUUAAUAAUUAUUAAAAUAAAUACCUGUGUUGCUUGGU